GUCGCUUGGGCGCUCCCAGACACCAGCCACGUUGGCCAUGAUGAUCUGACGAGCAAGGUGGGAGAAGUGCUUCUGUACUACUGCUACUGUGAGGUGAAGAAUCCAGAGGAACUCUGUGCUUGGCAGAAGGCCCUGUGCCAGCAUCUGCAUCUCACUGGCAAGGUACGAGUUGCUUCAGAAGGGGUUAAUGGGACAGUUGGUGGAAGCAAAGUAGCUACCAAUCUCUACAUUGAAGCUAUGCUUUCCCAGCCUCUGUUCAAAGACAUUAUGUGCCAAGAGGAUUUCAAGAGCAGUGCAGGAGGAGCUCACUGUUUCCCAGACCUUCGAGUUGGAGUAUUCAAAGAAAUUGUACCUAUGGGCAUUGAUCCAAAGAUAGUGUCUUAUAAAGAAACUGGAAUCCAUUUAUCCCCUCAGGAAUUUCAUAAAGAAGUUGAACAGUAUUUGUCUCAGGCCAGUCAAGGACAAAGUGAUACCAUCUUGCUGGACUGUAGGAACUUCUAUGAAAGUAAAAUAGGGCAUUUCCAGGGCUGCCUGGCUCCAGAUAUCAGGAAGUUCAGCUAUUUUCCCAGCUAUGUAGAUGAAAACCUGGAGCUUUUUAAAGACAAGCGUGUCCUGAUGUACUGCACGGGAGGGAUUCGUUGUGAAAGAGGCUCUGCUUAUCUACGGAGCAAGGCGGUGUGCAGAGAGGUUUACCAGCUAAAAGGUGGAAUUCACAAGUACCUGGAAGAGUUCCCAGAUGGAUUCUACAGGGGGAAGCUGUUUGUAUUUGAUGAUCGUUAUGCCAUUUGUUCCAAUGAAGAUAUCAUCUCAGCAUGCAGAUACUGUGGGACGCUGUGGGACCAGUAUAAACUUUGUUCCAGCCAGCACUGCCGACAGCUUGUCCUGGCUUGUCCAAGUUGUCGCAACAAAGGUCUUACAGCCUGCUGUCCUGUUUGUCAAGAGAAAGAGCUCAAAGUGACUUCAAGGGCUGCAGGACAGAUACUUAAGGAGGAAUGUGAUUGUACAAGGAGGCGGCCAAGGGUACCUAUUGAAAAUGUUUCGCAAAGGAUGCUGGUGGCAGGAAAAAAUUAAGCCAUUUCCUUAGCUAAUCUGGCACGUGCUAAUGCAAAGGGCUUCUAUAACCAGAUCCCUGUUACUCAGUUAGGUUUGGAAAUCAUGAAAAUGUGUUGGCUUUGAAAGUCUUGUUCAU